AAUUGGGGGAUCCUGGGACUCUGGGAGGGAACAGUUUGGGGGGAGAUUUGUUUUGGGUUGUGGGUGAAGGCACAGGCUCUAGGGGUGUCUCAGGGUUGGGGAGAGAGAUACUUUGUGGAGGAGACCCCUGGUAUGUGGGGUCACACUGGGUGGUUUCCUGGAGCAGCUGGAAAGGCACAGGUUGUAAAGGCAGAGGUGUCCCAGGACUUUGUACAGGGGAACAGUUUGGGGGUGGGUGUCCCCGGACUCUGUGUGUGUGUGUGUGUGUGUGUGUGUGUGUGGCACAUCACUUGAGCUCUCCUGGAACUGUGGGGAUCACGUUGUGAUUUUCCUGGUAGAGAAUGGAUUAUUAGGCCUCUGGCACCCUGGGGGAAGGUGUUGAGCAUAUAAAAGUUGCGGUUGACCUGGCCCCAGUUCUGCAGACGCCCCUGAACUGUGGUGUUAGCAAGCCACUUGGGAUUGCCUUGCUCAUGUGCCUCCUCCCGUCUUCGUUUUGAUCAUGACUCUACAGCCUUAGAAAUAAGGAAUCUUGGACAGCUGCCUUUAUAUUCCUUCAGAUGUGUCUGUCUUUAAGCAAAUCCAGCCUACAAAUGUUGGGUUUAUUUAGAAACUUAAAUUAGGAAUUUUUUAAAAACCUGAUUUUCCCGAUUGAUUUUCUGUGGGAUUCCUGGAGAGAACAAAUUCCCCCCAGUACACCUAACACUAGUCAGUUUAUGGGAAAUCAACUUAAUUCAGCAAAUGUUGAGUUAAAUUGUCUACUAUGCUCAAAGCACUGUGUUGUGGGAACUAUCAGAGAAGAGCAAGACAAGGCCCUUACCCUCAAGGAACCUUGUCUAGCUGGGAAGAUGAGACAUAUGCCUGUGAAAUAGACAAUGUUUUCGGGAAGAACUGGUGGCUGAUAACUGAGCCUUCAUUGUUGUUCUGCACUCUCUGACAUGAUGGGACCGGCUUCAGUCUGUGUUCAUCUGGCAUCUGGUGUCCAGCUGGAUGGGCGGAGUGAUUCCUGGACACUUCAGGCCCAGAACCAGCUGCAGUUCAAUAAGAAUGUUCCUACACAUUCAAGCAACUUGGCAAUCCGGUAUUCUCCUCCACAUGCCAUUAAAAUCGAGAAACUGAAGCACUUGCACAGCGAGUCCGACUGUUGUAAAGACUUGGAUUUUAGACACGGUCCUGACCAAAGCAGUUCUGUUUCCUUUUCUGUCAUAUCAGAAGAGAGACUUAGCCAUGCUGUCCACCUCGCCAAAAGAGAUAUGAAACGAAGACAAUUUGAAGAACAUGUAAGACAUCAUCUCAGAAGUCAGCCCCAAGUUUCUCAGAAACACGGAUACACCAAGCAUAAAAUGUCUGACCUUGGUGUGGACAGGAAGGAAUUGAAGAAUCAAGAGGUUUUUCAUUGCAGCCACCAGCCGCCCAAAGCAGAUGUUUCCAGCUCAGGUGCCAGGGUAUACAUCUACACAUCUCAUCCAGGACAGUCGGAUCUGACCGUGCCAAAUUCACCACCCACCCAUGAUCCAGGACUUCAGCCACGUGCCAGGGUAGGUGACCACAAAAGCCUGUGUGAACACAGAAGCCUGCUAGAAGUUCAGCGACUCCAGAAAAUAUUGAACAAUUGUAUCCAUAAAAUUGAAGAAGUAACUAAAGAAGAGAGAAUGGAAGAAGCCUUGGACCCCGACGAAGAGCGGCGGAUCCGGGUCAGGAGGCAGGAGCAAGCCGUCCGUUCUGCCCGCACGCUCUACGGCCUCCAGCAGCAGGUUAAAGAAAUCCAGGAAGAAUUGGAUAAAUUGAGUCCACAUAAAACUAAGCACACUAAGAAGUCAUGGGCAAUGUCCAGGCUGGCAGCUGCCCAUCGAGGAGCCAUUCGGGCCUUACAGACAUUUGUCACUCUGUUCACUGACCGAGGGGAGCACCCCGUUCCUGCUCAGUAUAGGGAACUGGGCAGUCUCAUUCGCCAGUUGUCACUCUGUUCUGCCAAGUUGGAUGCUGACUCAUCUGUUGCUGAUGUGGUUAUAAAUAUCCUGCAUCAAAUUGAGGCUUUGGAAUCCCUACUGGAAAAUAAACUGUCACCCAAAAAGAUGAAGAAAAGUGUCACUGAAAUUAGGAGCAGAUUUCCAGUUGGUAGCCAGCGGUCCUUAGAGAGGUGGCAAAGUACAUUUCCAAAGAGCGAGAGGAGACCCUUUGUGACAAAGAAGAUAUUUCCACAGGAAAUGAGACAGCUUUCAGUGGCAAAGAAGGCUCUUGCUGAUAAGUUCCAGUCUGAUAAAGAGCUUCCAGUGACCCAGAGGCUGGAGAAUGAGCUUGAUGUGGUCGAUGCAGAUAUCCUUCCAGGAGAAGCUCCAUCUAUUCCAGACCAAAAUGCAAGCUUCAAAGAUGAGGCAUUAGCCCUGGCAAAAACCAAAGCAGUGUGGCAAAAGCCUGUGACGGAAAAUGCACCCCUUAGGAAGAAAGACGGUCUGCCACCGGCAAGACUACAGCAAGGACUUCACAAAGCUGGCAAAAGUAGAUCAGCCCAAUCUCACAGCAAAAGCAGGUUGCAACAGACAACAGUUUCAUCCAGAUUAAAAAUAAACCAACAGCCUGUGAAAGACAGUAGAGCUCCCUGGAUACCUCCAAACCCAACGUCCCCCCCAGCGUCUCCUAAAUGUGCUGCAUGGCUAAAGGUGAAAUCUAGCCCCAAAGAUGCCACAAAAGAGCAGCCUGUCCAGCAGGAAAGUACUCAAGAGGAAAGUAAAGUGACAGGUGCUAUUGGGCACGAAGCAACUAGACUUGCUUGGCUUGAUGCAGAAACUUCUAAAAGAUUGAAGGAACUUGAAGAAUUAAAAGCUGAGGAAGUGGACAAAGCGCAAAAACAGAGUGUUUCUGCCACCCAGUUAGCAGACAAGGUAGAGAAGGAAGUCCUGGAGCGUCUGAAGCCUCUGCUGGUCAAGGCCCAGAGAGUCAAUUCUUCUCUGGAAGCGGAUACUCAUUUGAAGGAUUGGCCGUCAGUAAGCCCAGCGACAGCCCAGCCUGCAGAGCAGGCUAGUUCUGUUGACGGUGCACCCAACAACAGUUGUCAGCUGGAUGGCGUGCUGGAAGAUACCACUCCUGAGCUCUGUGCUAGGGCUCGUCCUAAGAUCUUGGAGCCUGACUCCUUAGCCACCUUGGACGACAGCACGUACCUGGAGACCAUGAUGCUCCGAAUGGAGGAAAUGGAAAAAUACCAGGAGACAGUUCGCCAAAGAUAUAAUAAAAUUGUAUAUACUGAUCCUCAUCUGUGGAUGCAGGAAGGAAAAAAUGAUGCAGUGAAUGUGUUGCCUUAUUGGCUUUCUCCAUCCUCUCUCCACCCAUUAGCUGGUCCCAUUUUGCAUGCGUUUCAGAGUGAGUUGCGGACAUCAGUGCAUGUCACCCUGAACGUUGCAACAUAUGCGUCAGCAACAAGAGUUUAUUAUUUGUGGCUCUUUUCCUUUCAAGACCAGACAUUCCCGGCAGUCAGUGCAAGUCCCCUUUCUCCUCAUCCAAUCAGGAUCACAAAGACGGCAGCCGGCAGAGACUCAGACGUGAACAUCGUGUUAGAAAGGCCCUGGAAUGGCAAUUCCCUGGAUGAAAGUGUGGGAACAGAGAAGCUGGAGAAAAGAGAGCCUCCCCUUGUCGCCGUUCCAGAAGAUUCCGAACCGAGAAAGGGUCAAGCUGCACUCUUUGUCCCAGCUGGUAUGCGGCGCCGCAUCGGGGACUACUGCAGCCGGUACGAGCGGUACCUCCGGAUGGUCUCUCACGAGGCUGUGGGCUCCUUCAAUCCGUGGCUGAUUGCCGAAAGUUUUUCAGAAGAGCUGCUAGAUGAAGCUCUGGGGUCCGUGACUGCUGAACUUCAGGAUGUGUGUGAAGAUUACGCAGAAGCUGUGUUCACCUCAGAAUUCUUGGAGGCUGCUGCAUAAAGGCUCCCGACACAGGGGCCCUCGUGUCACACUGGAGAAGUGACGGCACCACCUUGGUUUUGGGCCACAGCAAAUCUUUAUCCUCAGCUGUGGACCCAGGCCCAGAGUUGCUGCCCGCGGACGGGAAGGAUGUGCCAGUGAGUUCAUCCUCGCUGCCCCUUCCCACUGUUACUGCAGUGGUUCGGUCAGUGGUUUGCGUUGGGAUGUGGUCUGUUUAUUAGUGCCCAGGAGACAUGAAUUGAUUAUGACAAUAUAAUAUUUUCUGGAUGUAUACUUUUCCUAUUGACUGAUGUAUUACAUUCACCCAUUGGCUCAGUGUGGUAAUGAGAAUGUUUCGAAAAGUAACUGAUAGGUAUAUUUCACACAUGGACUUAUGGGUGGCAUCCAUGCCAGCAAAAGUGCAGUUGCUGUCUGGUCCCAUCACCUGGCUCAGGUUUCCGUCUGUGGCCAUUUCUCACAGGACACCUGUGCCCACUGGGUCAUGGGUGGGGGCGAGCCCAGGGCUAGGUCAGAGGCCAGACCUCUGCUCUGCGGCAGCUCACUAGGGAGAGAGCCGCCAGUUACCCGUGCACAACAGCAAACACGUUCCUCCGAUGUUAGCUGCGCAGGUCAUUUUCACACUUCAGUUCCCUGAGUCUCUUGUUCCCAGACGGCACACUCUGAUAUACGAACUUUCUCUGAAUUCAGAGUGGGCUGGCCUUCCCUUGUGCCCGGUCGAAGGUGCAGUGCUCACUCCCAUCCUUGGUGAAGGCAGGCAUUCCUACAUCCCCAGAGCGCCCAGGGGCCUUGUGCGGCGGAGAGAACAGGCGUGGUUGGUGCGAGGACCUCUGGGUCUCCAGAGAAAGGAAGAGACUGCAGAGCCAUAACAGCUUGGUCCUCGAACACCUUCUCAGUUACAUUUUACCAAGAGAAAAAGCCUCUGUUUUCUAAAACUCUGAGUCCAGAAAAAGGAAUGUGUAAAAAAAAAAUAAGGCCACUGCUCGGGAAAAGGUUCCCUCCAUU